AUGAUGGUCAAAAUAAAAUUUGAAUUCUUACCAAAUGAAAUAUUAUUUCAAUGUUUACAAUAUCUCAAUGCACCAGAUCUGUUUCAUUCAUUUAAUCAAUUAAAUUCUCAUUUUUCUACACUUAUUCGAAAUAUUCCAUUAUAUUUAAAUUUUUUUCAAAUGAAAAAAUCCUUAUUUCAUCAUUUUUGUCAAAUCAUUCUAUUAAAUUCUGAAAUAAAACAAAAAAUUCUCUAUUUACAAUUAUCAAAUGAUGGAACACAUGGUCAAAUUGAACAUUUUCUUUCAUUAUUUUCAUUAAAUACAUUUUUUAAUCUUCGAUCAUUAUCAUUAAUUGAUUUAAACGAAAAUAAUAUUAAACAAAUAUUAUCAAUAUUACCAUUUUUAUCUAAUUUAUAUUCUUUUUCUUUUACUGGUACAAAUAUUGAAACAUUAGAAAUAAUAUGA